AUGAUUCUGGAGGAAAAGAAGAAGGUUCAGUGUCCAAACUUCUACAGCUCCGACAACCCAGUGAAAGUCCUGGACGUUCUGUGGCUCCGGACCUUCGUGUUCGCCGUGGUCUACGCUGCUGCAGACGGUUCACCGGAGACUCCUCCUGAUCUCGUGGUGGUUUUGCUGCCUAAAAAGGAUGAAAAGGUUGAAACCAAAUACCUGAACUUCAGCGACCCGGUGUACGGCAGCUGCACCGAGAGGCAGCUUCACUACUUCCUGACUCAGAUAGAAGACUGGGAGCUGUUUUUUGCAGCUUCAGCAGCGUCUCUCGAAGUCUGUCCCAUCGCUCGACAAGACGACAAGGCUCGAGGUUUAGGCAAAUACAUCUGCCAGAAAUGCCACGCCAUCAUCGAAGAGCAGCCGCUGAUCUUUAAGAACGACCCGUAUCACCCUGACCAUUUCAACUGCAGCAACUGUGGUAAAGAGCUGACUUCAGACGCGCGGGAGCUGAAAGGAGAGCUCUACUGUCUGCCGUGUCACGACAAGAUGGGCGUCCCAAUCUGCGGAGCCUGCAGACGGCCCAUCGAGGGGCGGGUUGUCAACGCCAUGGGCAAGCAGUGGCACGUUGAGCAUUUCGUGUGCGCUAAGUGUGAGAAGCCCUUCCUCGGACAUAGACACUACGAACGUAAAGGACUGGCCUACUGCGAAACCCACUAUAACCAGCUCUUUGGAGACGUGUGCUACCACUGCAAUCGUGUUAUCGAGGGCGACGUGGUUUCUGCUCUGAACAAAGCCUGGUGCGUCAGCUGUUUCUCCUGCUCCACUUGUAACACCAAACUCACUCUCAAGAACAAAUUUGUUGAGUUUGACAUGAAGCCGGUUUGUAAAAAAUGUUACGAAAAGUUUCCUCUGGAGCUGAAGAAGCGACUCAAGAAACUGGCCGAGUCCCUGGCACGCAAGUGA